AUGAACCUAAUCUGCUCUGCCCUUCUCAAAGACCGCAAGAGCCCGACUUCAGCAAAAUCAGAAGGAAAAGCCUUCAACUUCCGCGAAUACGCACGCAUCCAAGUCAUUCUAGUCGUCUCCUGGGGCUUCCUCACAGAACUAGGCUAUAUCACGCUACUAUACUCCCUCCCCAACUACGCCAUCUCAAUCGGCCUCUCCGCGCGCGAAGGCUCCGUCAUCGGCGCAAUGCUCAACCUAGGCCUCGACGUCGGCCGCCCCCUAGUAGGCUACUACUCCGACGUCCUGGGCCGCAUAAACAUGGCCUCAGUAAUGACCUGCACCUGCGGCAUCCUCUGCCUAGCCCUCUGGGUUCCUGCAAUAACCUUCCCCGUCCUAAUAGCCUUCGCACUCCUCAGCGGCUCCGUCACCGGAACAUUCUGGUCAUGCUUCGCCCCCAUCACCGCAGAAGUCGUCGGGAUGCAGAGGAUGCCAGCUACGCUGGGGAUGAUAUGUUUUUCAUUGGUGUUGCCGACGACGUUUGCGGAGCCGAUUGCGUUGCAGAUUGUGGGGAGUUUUGGGUAUUUGAGUUUGCAGGUUUUUGUGGGGUGUGUGUUUUUGGGUGGUGCGGUUUGUACGUUUGCGUUGAGGGCGUGGAAGAUUUAUGAGAUUGAGAUGAAGGCUAGGAGUGAGAUGGAGAUGGACCAGGCGCAGGUGCAGGAGGUUGUUUAUGACGAGGAGGGUUUGAUUCUGAUAGCUAUUUCUGCAUGA